ACACGUUUAAAAGUUUAUUUCAAUAUGGCGAUAUACAAAGUAUUAAUUCAUUGUACACUCCUGUUUAUUUGGGUGGCUAAACAUUGUUCUGGACAAGGUCGGUGUAGUAGUCUGUGUUUAAACGGUGGAACAUGCAACAAUUCUUUAUGCAUAUGUCUGGAUAGAUACACAGGAAGAAAUUGUGAAUAUGAAUAUUUUGAUAUUCAACUCUCAAGAACAAUACACUUAGAAACGGCAAAUGAGAGCAGCGAUCUAAGUAUACCAUAUUUCAAUAAAAGUAUCGACACAAAGACAUCUCUGUAUUUCAAAAUCGAAUCGGAAUACGAAUGCAAUGUUACCUUUUUACAAGAGGGAGGCCAUCGUACUGUUCAAAUUAUAAUGAAGGACAAGGAGAUCGACGACAUGAUUAUAAGAAACGAUUCAAUUAUCCAUAUCAGCUUCCAAUUUCGCAAAUUCAACAUUUCCAUCCGCAGGGAACAAGAUGGUUUUACAUUGGGAACUGUUCAGAAAGUUGAUAGAAGAUUUUUAAGGAAAACGAUAUAUACAGAGGGAAAAAUCACUAACCAGGCAAUCUUUUCAUCUGCACGAAAAACAGAAUGGACAUUUUAUGAAGCAGAUGCUGUAACUUCCAUGUCAACAAAAAUAUUCGAAAAUCCUGCUCUUAUUUGUCCAAUACUUCCACAAUAUAACUACAUGCCAUUGCAUGUCAUUUUUCUGAAUAGGAGUUUACAAUGUAGUGGAAAAAUAGGGAUUGAAACAACAUGCAGUACACGGGGCAUUAAUAUUGAAUACAAAUGCAGUGAGGAAAGAGAAAAAUGUUCUGAUUUCAAUGAUAUACUUUGGAUAGCAGCCUGUCACACAACAACCGACAGAGAUUGUAAAAGUUGUAAAAUAAGGAAUUAUAAACGUUACAUUCCCAAAAUAUGUCAAAACUUCAUGACAAUUGUAACUGAUGAUUCGGUAAUUGCUGCAGAUAACUGCUUUGAGGCAUCAAAGUAUCUGAUUUUAUGGCAUGAAAUAAGAGACGUAUUUUCUCAAGAUCAGUCUUCAUCACAAAGGCCCUUACCAACUGCUAAGGAUUUUACUACAACAUUUAGUGAUAGUGAAUCGUAUACAUCAGAACAGUCGCCAUCAACAAGAUCAUUACACACUACAAGGUCUGCAACACCAACAUUUAAUAACGAUGUAUCGUUCACAUCUACAGGUUUGAUUGUUGGAGCAUCUGUAUCUGCUGCAAUUAUUGUAAUUUUACUGAUUUGUCUUUUAGUAAUUUUAAGAAGAAGAUCAAUAGAAACGAAAUCAGCAAAAAAGAACCAACCCGUACAUAACUUUAAAGAUGGAAAUGAUCACACCGGACGUCAGAAUAUUGGUUUAUCUAUACAAGGGGAUUUGACAGAAUACAAUGACUUGGCCAUGUAUCGUGAUAGUCAUCAAUAUGAAGAUCUUAAAUCGGCGAGAACAAAACCACAAGAGACAAGCUAUGAUUAUAUCGACCCUCAUAUUCACAAACAAGAACCAGAUAAUUGUAAAACUGAUAAGAUAAACUCUACAAAGAAUGCAUGUGCUGAAUUGAUUCACGAUUAUUUAGUAUUUGACCCGAAUGAAAAAAAGGUUGCGUCAAAUAUUGGACGGGAUUUGCGACACAUAUAAGACAAUAUCUGAACAUGUCUGACUUCCUUGUUCCGUUGUUAAGAAGUUUUUGAUUCAAUUAUAUUUUUGGAAAUUUAAAGUUUUAGUAUUAUUUAAAGUUUAUA